AUUAAAUUUUCUCGAUUUAUACUUGUUAUCCUUUUUUUUUCCCCUUAUUCUUUUGUUUCCCCCUUAUCCUUUUUUUUCCCCUUAUCCUUUUUUUCCCCCCUUAUCCUUUUAAUUUUGCAGGGGCAAUGCUGAUUUUCUCUGCAUCCUAUCAGGCGGGAAAAACAUCGAAGCAUCAACAACGCGGGCGAAAUUCAAAUUGGCGUGGAACACUACAGUUUUGAGUAAUUGCCUUAUUAAAGGCUUAUUUGUCUCCUCCGUGAUUGAAAGGUGUUUUGCUGGGUUAUGAUAAUGAUGAUGAUGGAUGGGGCGAUGAACAGCAGUGCCGGCGAUUCUAGCGGAAGGUUCGACUUACACCUGCUGAGUCAGUCGAAGAUCAUUUAUCUGAUUCGUCAUGGGCAAGCUCUCCAUAACCCAGCCGGCGAGGCUGACCACGCCAAUUACAUGAAAUGGGAAUUUUUGGAUGCAAGAUUGACAGAGAAAGGAUGGAACCAAGCGGCGAGCUUGUUGAGAGCGAAGAAAGAAGAGCUGGAAAAGGCGGAGCUGGUGGUUGUGUCCCCCCUUACACGCACGCUGGAGACAGCUCUCGGGAUCUAUGGCGUGGAGGGAGAGGGGAUGGUAACCGAGAUGGAAGAGGCAGAGCAGCAAGCAGAGGACGCGAUGAGUGAUGCGGGAAGGGGUCAGUGCCUGAUAGAAGGUCACCCGGUUGCUGCUGCUCCUCCUUCCCCUGCGGAAGCUAUAAUGGCUGUAAGCGGCAGCGAUGCAGCAGGAGCAGGAGGAGCAGGAGGAGGAGGAGGAAGAACAGUUGGCUGCAGCAGCAGCAAUAGACCAGAUGGCGAGAAGAAGGCAAAGGUGUUUGCUGGCACAAGUCGACCAUUUGUCGCUAUGGAGCUGUGCAGAGAGCGCAUCGGUCGCAAUCCUUGUGAUAAGCGUUCCGCCAUCACUGAGUACAAGCAGAAGUUCCCAUUCGUCGAUUUCUCCCAGAUCGAAACCGACGAGGACACGUGGUGGACUGAGGCUCAUCGAGAGACGGAUACUGAGAUUGGUGCAAGGGCCUUGAAGUUCUUGGCAUGGCUGGCGCAGAGGAAAGAGAGGAAUAUUGCUGUCGUCUCGCAUAGUGCGUUCCUCUUCGCAUUGGUUAACUUAUUUGGCGACAAGUGUUCGUCCGAUGUCCAGAAGGAGCUGCGUGCCUGGUUUAGCAACUGUGAGAUGCGCUCUGUGGUUCUUCUGGACCAUGGAUCCAACGGUUCACAAGGCAGAUCAGCUGCAUGAUGAUCCUCAGAGUCUCUCUCUAUCUUCCUGUGUGUGACUCAGCUUUUUUACCUACAUGCUAGGUAGAUUGAUA